AUGCUUCAGCAAGUGGUCAAGGAGGGCUUUCGCCUUGUUUACGAGAAGAACUUUCUUAUUGGCGGUUUUUGGACUCAUGGGAGGGUUGGUGGAACUUCUGGCCACUCUUUUGACUUGAUGGCUUUAGACUCUAAUGCUGUAAUUGGACGGUCUGGUAGUUUACUUCCACAUUUUACUCCUUUUCCGAGUUCGGAUUUUCGGGGCGUCAACUUAUUUUCUCAGAAUUUACUGGAGACAGAGGACAUGUCUAAUCCGUAUGUUUUUCCGCCGUUUGGUUUGGUGGGUCCGGUUUUAGAGUUUUUUUACAGUUUCCAAAUUCCGCUCACCAUUGUUGUUCCAGAGCUUUGUCCGUAUCCGUAUUGGUGGCCUUAGCUAAUAGCUCGCUCUUCAGCUAGAGUUUGUCUUGGCUCACAGAGUACUAUGGGAGUUAUUUUGGCCCCCUCUAAAGUAGGCUACAGUCCUGCCAAGUGCAUGUUUCCCCUUUGGGCGUGUAGAGUAUCUCGUUUUUGACUUGAGUGCGCAACUGCAGUUGACAAUGAUGUAUCCUUUUUAUUCUUUCAGCGUUUACCUCGAGUUCCUAAACUGUUUACUCCCUCGGUGGCUUGUCCUAAAUGUUCCUACGCCAACGAUGAGUUGUUUCGGUUUUGUCAACAGUGUGGCUACGUACGGAAGGAUGUCCAAGAACAUGGAACUGGAGGGCCAUCUAAAAAACUUGAAGUUGAUAAGAGCAAAAUUUCUGAACGUUUGGCUCAGUUGUCUCAACAUCGAGGAUCAUUGCGUUAUGUGAAACAGAAGACUGCGCUCGGGUGUGAGUUUGUGAAUUUUUUGUCCCAUCUUGCAACCCCCAAAAUGCUUGCUUCAGCCUUGCCAGAGGAUGUGACAGCGUUCUUAGUAUGGAAAGAUCGUGGGGGUAAAAGGCGCGUUCAUCUUCCGGAAUGUCUACACCUUUUUAGUCAAAAUGCUAGUACGAGUUUUUGUGGAUGUCCCAAGAGACUGGCCUUUGGUACGGUUGAUGCUUUAAUAGGAAAACUGCGGGCAAUUUUUGCUGAACAUGGCAGAGGUACGGAAUGGCAGUCGAUUUUGAACUUUGGCAAUCCGGCGGCGGAUCGCUCGGUUAAAAGAUACUUGGUAGAUGUACGGGAGGAGCAGCUGAAAGCAAGAGUGGUUCCACGCCAAGCCGAUCCUAUUUUCCAGGGUGAUUUGGUGAUCCUAGCCCGUCAUAUUCAUUUCAAAAUGUUACAUUGUGCGACGUUAACUCCGAGUCAGAUCUAUAUUUUCGCGAGAGAUCAGGCGAUGUUUAAAGUCCUAUUUUUUGCUGGAGAUCGUGCCGCAGAUUAA